GUUUUGACCAAAGCUGGACGUGGAAGACUGUCAGUUGGCGGUACCGAGCGAUCUUGAACCGCACAAAAUUAUUAAGGCCGCGGUCAGGGUCCACGCAGAACUUCGUCAACGUCUCUCUUUAUCGAACACCGCCAUUGAUGCAAGGAAGACUAGUGUCCUAAGUCCCGCGGUACUCCGUCUUCCGUCCUGACAAGUUUUAGUCUGGACUUCUCCGCGUGAUAGGAAGGUGUGACUCUUUUUUGCAAACUUUCUGUCCUUAUAAGACGCGUUCCCCAACUCUUGCCUUUCACAUCAGAGUAGACUCGCACCUGCCAUUGAUACCCCAGGGCAUAUCCGUUCCCGCAGCCACUAUGCCUUCCAUUGUCCUGACACCUUCCAACGACGGCGAGUCCGUCACUGACCUCACAAAGUCCGGCAUCCAGCACGCUCUUGAGAAGUCCGCCGUUUCGCAAUUGAAAUCGGCAUCCCUCACAAACACCAUCACCGCCACACUGCCACCAGAGCGGGAAACAAACGCACAGAUUGACGAGUCACCUCUUGCUGAGCUCGAUGCCUCGAAAGUACAAUGCACAUACACCGAAGCCCCACGAUCUGUCCCUGCCUUGGGCUCAGCAGAGAUGGCCUCUCAGAAAGUUUGCACCGACCACAUGAUCCAGGCCAAAUGGACCGCUGAGGAAGGGUGGGCCGCACCAACUCUGCAACCCUACGGACCUCUUUCCCUGGCACCCACAGCAUCAUGCCUGCACUACGCGACCGAAUGCUUCGAGGGAAUGAAGCUGUACCGCGGCCACGAUGGCAAGCUUCGCCUGUUCCGCCCGGACCUGAACUGCAACCGCAUGCUCAUGUCGACAAACCGUAUCGCUCUUCCUGCUUUCCCGCCCAAGGAGCUCCUCAAGCUGAUCGUCAAGCUGUGUAAGACUGAUGGCGCCAAGUGGCUCCCCAAGGAUCGCCCUGGCAGCUUCCUGUACAUCCGUCCCACAAUGAUUGCCUCAGACCCAGCUCUCGGUGUUGAGCGACCAAAAGAGGCCCUUCUCUUUGUCAUCCUGUGCUGCUUCGCGCCGACGGGUGACUUGCCCGGUGGAAUGAAGCUCCUCGCAUCUCAGGAUGACAUGUGCCGUGCCUGGCCAGGAGGUUUCGGCUACGCCAAGGUCGGUGCGAACUACGGACCUUCUCUCGUUGCACAGGGCGAGGCGAGAGCGAGAGGAUACCACCAGAUUCUCUGGCUGUUCGGCGAAGACUGCACUGUAACCGAGGCUGGUGCUAGCAACUUCUUUGUUGUCUGGCGCACAAGGGAGGGCAAGUUGCAGAUCGUUACUGCUGAUCUGAAGGAGCGCAUCGUUCUUGAUGGUGUGACACGCCGAUCCAUCCUCGAACUCGCACGCACCAAGCUGGCACCCGGUCACGAGGAUCUCGAGGCCCUCGAGGUCGUCGAGCAUAAGUUCAACAUCUUCGAGCUUGAGGAGGCUGCUAAAGAGGGUCGUCUUGUCGAGGCUUUCGCUACUGGCACAGCCUGGUUCGUGACCCCGAUCAGCCAGAUUCACUUCCGAGGCAAUGACAUCGAUGUCCCUAUGGCCAAGGGCCAGAUUGGUGUUUACACUGACGUUGUCAGGACAUGGCUGAAGGGCAUCAUGUGGGGAAGCGAUGGCAUGGAGAGCCACGAGUGGGGCUACGUCGUCAAUGAGCAGUAAACGGUUUGGCGAACAGAUUGUGUUUCGUUCUGCAAGGUUGGAUAGACCAAAAAUGUGCGGAUGUUUCAGAUAUAGGCGGAUCAAAAGCCUUGAGCGAUGUUUUCUGUAUAUAGUAUGUCAUGGGAAUAGACGAAUGACUACCACUACAAAC